GAAAGAAUGGGAUCUUGUGUGUAUUUCCCUCAUUUUUAGCUCUCUGAGCUUAAUUCCAGGUCGAAGUUUUUCAGGAUUGCGGAUCAACCUAUAGUCCCACAUCUACAGGCUAUGGCGAACAGUGUGUGACCAACUUUGCCAAAAUCGUUGGUGUAAUUAUGGGUGUAUUUGUGGGACUUGUACUUAUCUCGGCGAUGUUGACGUGUCUUCGGAGACGACGCUUGAGAAAUUCCGUGGCAAAGCAUAGCCUUGCCCAAUUAUCGGCACCGGUUGCUUGGCCGCCGACGCAGCUCGCCUCUACUCUCGCUCCUCCCCCUCCGGUUUACGCUCCACCGCCGUCCUAUCAGCAGCCAGUAGUCGAACCGGAUAAUAAUGCCGCGUCCUCACCAGCGCCUGUUCAAUCAAACAAUCCAUUCCGUAGAUAUCCAUACACCGAGACUGCCUCCCCUCCUGCAUUCCCAGAAGUGCCUCCUGCUCCUGCAUCUUCAGGAACACAGGGUGCCACCUCUCAGACAGACGAUCCUUAUGAUACUCAUGCUACAGCCCAUCGACAACAGGCUACGGUGCUGGCCAAAUACUCUCGUACCUCUAACAGCAAUCAGCUGUCUGAAUCCGCUGGUCCCUCGACCGAGCCACAACCGCCUCCAUAUACCGAACAGACUCGCUGAACCGUUUUUGUUCAUCCACUGUUUAUCGGAGGCGUUAUCGUUUAUACCAGUUUAAGCGGUAUCAAACACUUCAUCUACGCUUUUGCUAUGUCCCUUUAUCCGAUGCUCGGAUAGUUAUAUUGCUAUCAGGUUCAGAAUAUCUACCCCCAUUGACUCUUCAUACCUUGUACAUUUCUAGUCCUAUUCUAUUCUGCCGCUAUCCACCAGAAAAGGGAUGACACUGGAUUCGCAUCAAAAAGUAUUUUCGGCUGAUACGCAGCGCGCGCCGCGCAGUCAAGAGGCCCUUACACCAGC